ACAUAUCCUGGCUGGCCCUGCCCAGAAAAAAAAAAUAAAAAAAAAAUUUCACAACACACUGGCUACUUGUUGGAAUUCAUUUCUAUUGAAUUCUCUGAAGUUCAUGGUGACUCAUGGUUGCUUGGCUACCGCAUUGACAUACUCUGGGGCGACCGGAACAAGCUGUUGCAUUUGCGGUUUAAAGUGUUCCACGUCGUUGAAACUUAGCUCAGAUAAUGUAUGCCCCAAAUGCUCCACCAAAUGGAGGUAAUCUGCCAGCUCCAGGAGCACCACCACCACCUUAUUCUGAGCAGGGUGUAUCCUAUCCCCCACCUGCACUAGGACAACCUCAACAGACAGGAUAUGGUGGAUAUCCUCCACCUGUAAUUGGACAGCCUGAAAUUGGCUUUGCCGGUGGGCCUUACUCCCCCUACCCCCAACCAAGUGUUCAGCCUAAUGCACAACCAUACGAACAAUAUCCACAGCCUUCGCUACCUCCACCUCAUCAACCUUAUGGAGGAUAUGUCAAUGUUCCAGGACAGCCAAUUGUCACACAACCCACAGGACAACCCAACAGUGCUUUAGAAUGGAUGCCAUUACAGCCACAACAUCAACAGAACCGGAGCUGUCCACCUGGUCUAGAAUAUCUUACUGCUGUUGAUCAAUUACUUGUUCACCAAAAAGUGGAACUUCUUGAAGCUUUUGUUGGGUUUGAGACUUCCAACAAGUAUACUGUCAAAAAUUCUAUGGGACAAAAGGUCUUCUAUGCAGCAGAAAUGUCCGACUGUUGCACCCGUCAAUGUUGCGGUCCCAACCGACCAUUUGAUAUGAAAAUCGUUGAUAAUCACGGCCAAGAAGUGAUUCACCUGAACCGUCCGCUAGCCUGUACUUCGUGUUUCUUCCCAUGUUGCUUACAGACCAUGGAAGUAACCGCUCCGCCAGGCACCCCCAUUGGUUCAAUUCAGCAAGAGUGGAGCAUUCUAAGUCCCAAAUUUAGUAUUAAAGAUGCUUCAGGGGAAACGGUGCUAACCAUAGAAGGACCUAUUUGCACCUUCAGCAUAUGUGGCGAUGUUGAAUUCAAUGUUUAUUCUAGAAAUGGCGAUACAAAAGUCGGAAAGAUAAGCAAACAAUGGAGCGGGUUAAUUCGAGAGGCAUUCACCGAUGCCGACAUGUUCGGUAUCAAUUUUCCGCUCGAUCUGGAUGUGCGCACUAAAGCGGUUUUGCUGGGCGCCUGUUUUCUAAUCGAUUUCAUGUUCUUCGAAAAAGCUGGCAACAACGAACGUGACCGACCAGGCAUGCUGUAAUGGUGCUGGAGGUAGAUCUGAGCAGAAUCUCCAUUAUUUGAAACAACUAAUCUCUAUCCAAGUUAUUUAACUACUUAUGAUCCAGUAUUUGUAAGUAGAUCUAACAUUUAUUUUUCACCUUUUAAAUCGUAGCAGUAUUCCCUUCUGUCGUUUCUGUGUGCGUAACUACCCACAGAUUCAUUUUCGUGUGGUAGUAGAUUAACCUAUUCCACUUUGUGCAAAUAUGAGUUAUCAAAGAUGACGCGCAUAUAUUUCCAGAAAUUGCAAUAUUCUAUGUUGCAAUCUGGAAUCAUCAUUUUUAAGAAUAUCUUUAGCAUACGGUUGCCAUCCCUAUGUGCGCCACUCCGUCGAUUGCCACGUGCCCCGUUGGCUAAAUUGAGUCUUAGUCAAUGCAAGAAAUUGCCAUUGUAUAGUUUCCAAAAUACCGAGGUGCAUCCGUCUGAAAGUUGUCUUUUAUGACCCAUAGAAAUUCACAAAUUUAAAAACAGUGUGCUUUGAUGGUGCUUCCCAUCCCUUCUUGUUUCCGUGCCCAAAAAGGAUAUCGUAUUCGAAUCCACGUUAUCGGCCAAAUCUGCCAUCGACCUUUACUUGCCAUUACCUUAACACCUUAAUCCCACAAACAACAUAGCCACUUUAGUGGAAUCUUUCUUUGUUAAAAAUUUUUUUUUUAUUACAGUAUCACGUGAA